UUUAUUUAUUUCGAAAUCAAACUGUUAAAUUGUAAACUCGGUGCGAUAUCGAUCUCGUCGAGGGAAUUCUCCGUCGCCACGCCGCCAUGGCGCAUCCCCUCUACGGCGCUUCAGGUCCUCUGCGAUCGAGGGAAGGGCUCUUCGCUCGUCCAGCUGCUUCUUCAGACGAGAUUCAAUUGCGGAUCGACCCGAUGCAUGGGGAUUUGGAUGAGGAGAUCAGUGGGCUUUACGGGAAGGUCCGGCAGUUGAAAGGGGUAGCUCAAGAAAUAGAGUCAGAAGCAAAGUUUCAAAAUGACUUCAUAACUCAAUUGCAAAUGACCUUAACCGCUGCCCAGGCUGGGGUGAAGAAUAACAUGAGAAGGUUGAAUAAGAGCGUCAUCCAAAAGGGUUCAAAUCAUGUAUUCCAUGUGAUUCUGUUUGCACUUUUCUGUUUCUUCAUCGUCUAUUUUUGGUCGAAGAUCUCCCGAAGGUGAAGGGAUUACCAUGCAAGAGGGUGCGACCAGACAAUCUUCUGAUUCUCAACUUGCCUGUUAUAGAUGCUUGAUCAUUUUAUUCAAAUGAUUGAAGCAGCUAACCCAGUAUAUCUUGCUGCAAUGUAUAUGACUUCCCAUUGUGAGGAUCUUUGCCAAUGUAAUUUGCUAUUGUAAUAUUUUCUGUU